UAAAGGGCAUGUACAAGGAUCCAGAAGAAUUGAUGUGAACCUUGAGCAGAAGGUUGUGCGUUCCUGUUUAGAGGAACUGAAGACCUUUCCAAAACGGUUUGAGUCAGCAUUUGUUGAGUGGAGCAGUCCUCUCUCUAACUCCUCUCUCUGGGCAGAGUAUCACAUCAGCUACAUCAACAGCUUUAGUGCCCUGAAAGAGCACAUGGAGAGCUAUAAAGACACCUGCCCAAUUCAGCUGGAGUUGGUUCAAAAAGAAAUAGAUAGACUGACCACCAGUUUGAGUCAAGCUGUGAUGGAGAACUUCAAAACAGAUGUCAAGCCCUUCCUCAGGAGACAGAUGACAGGGAAAUGGUUUUCAUUUGAUGAAGACUUUUUACAGCUGAUCCACAGAACUAAGACUCUUUCUGAACAGAGCAAGUACAUGACCCCAAAACAUAAGCAGGCUUUUGUGAAUGAAGCUCACUUUUUUGUGGUGAAAGAAUAUGUAUCUCAGCUGAUGAAGAAUAACUACUCAUGCAAAAACAGGAAGAAUGAGACAGCUGCCAGUAAGAUCACAAAUCAGUGGGAGGAACUGAAGGAGAUCUUCCAAGAUAUGAACUCCUCCUUAGAUUGGCUCCAUCCAGUCGGGAACCAGCUGAGCAAUAUCAUUGGGUGCAAAAAAAGUGAUGUAAAAAGUAACCUACAGCCAUUAGUUGAGAACUAUCCAGAUAUCAGGAAGGGUCAUCUCUCAGCUGUGCUGUACUUCCGAGGAAUUAUAAGAGGCAGGGAAAAGCAUACUAUACUACAGCAGCUGGCAGAGCUGAAACAGAGAACAGGGAAUACUGGGAAUAGAGAGCAGGCUUUCUUUAGUGAGAUUCAAGCAGCGGUUAACACAGACUGCCUGGCUGGUACACCCUUCUCCUGUCUGUCCUUCAUUGGACCGGACAGCUAAUGCACUUCAUUUUAUUUGAAGUGGAAAUAAUCAUUGCACUGUUUGAAAGCGACCAUAUGUCUAAUGUAUGAGCAAUAAGGAAUGUUUUUAUUACUCUAUGAAUCCUUCAUAGUUUUGAAACAUUGUUGCCUUUUUUGGGGGAAAUUGUUGAGGUAAAGAAGGGGCUAAAAUGUUUUUAGUGUGUUGUGAUCAUAUGUAUGCCAUUUGUUAAUGUUAACUCAUUAGUAAAUAAUGAUACAAUACCACUAGGCCUUAAAAAAUGUGAUAUUUCUAGAUGCCACAUCCUAGUCAAGAAGCUUUCUCAAAAAUGCAUGCCAGUUUCAGGAAUCUUCUACAAACUACUAUAAGCUCACAUUCAAUGUUAAAUUGAUGUCUUUCUGAUUGUCUUCACUCAGAAAUUGCUUAUUACUGCUGUAAGUAGUAAAUAAGUAAAAUAUGUUGUAAAUGUUGUGAACCCUAUCAAAACAUCUUCUCUACACCACCAGUAGUCUCUAUAAACAACAAACAGCAGUGCACUUCCCAAUAUCUACAUGCAUUAUUAUUCUAAAUUACUGAUCAGUUUAGUAUUUUUUCCUAAACAUGUCUCUCUGUUUUUAACAAUUAUUAUUUGAAAACGUUCAUUUGGUUUUAAAUUAAUUUUCUGGAUUUCAAACUUGGACUGUUUUUUUUUUUGGUUUUUUUGACCCUCUAGCGGUUGAAGCGUAAAACUUCAUGCUACUUGCGGAGGAAGAUUGUUGUUGUAAUUAUGUGAGUUGUGCUUCAGCUCCGCUCUAGUCUGCGCGGAUGAAUCUGAUGGCUUGAGGCGCACCGCUGUGGCCAUGCUUACAGGUGAUAAUCACUUUAUUAGUGGAUGGUCACUGACAACAUCAAAGCUUCCCACAUUCCAGUAAAUAAAUAAAUACUUCUAUUUUUUAAAGAAAUAUCAAUAUCUGAAACAUAUAUUUAGUAGGAAAGCAGCUUAUAUACUUUUUGUUUUAAAAAGCAAUGCUGACAUUAUUGCUAUUCAUAUCAGGUAAGGUAAAACGGUGAACACUAUUAAAUGGCUAGUAGGCUAAUUAUAAUAUAUGCAAAUA